UCUUUGGGGGAAUAAGGCAAUUGUGUUCAUCCCAACUUCCCCGAGUGCCCCUCACUGCCUCCUUCCGGGUCUGCCUGGGGGCUAUGUGCGCUCACCCUCCUGUAAUAGCAUCCACCUGUGACUCUGUCCUGGUGGCUGUGGGGUCCUGCCCAUGGGAGUUGCCAUGUCCCCAUCUGUCCAUGUUUGGGACCACAGAUCUGGCCUGUCGGAGUUUGGUGCUGUCUGUCUGCAUGUUCCUGUGACUCUGUCUGUCUGUGUCGGUGUCCAGAGGACCUCCUGGGCCACACCUUGGAGGGCAACCUGCAUGCUUCCUUGGCCUCCAACUCUAACCAAAUAGCCAGGCAUCCUUGGUCACCCUUUUCCCUGGCCCAGGGUAGCCCCCGCCUCUCACUUCCGUUCCAUUCCCUGGGGGCCUUCGACCAGUUCCCUCUCACUGCCUCCUCUUCUGGCUUCUCCAGGCCCGCCUACACUCAGCAGUCAGAGGGGCCUUUCUAAACCACAGAUUCUGUCCCGUCACCUACUGCUUCAAGUCCAGACUCCAGGCCUCAGAUUCUGGAACCGCCUUUCUAGGUCUGACCCUGGCCGUUGGCUCUAGCCUCAUGUCCUGUCUCCCGGUCUACACUGAUCACUUUAGCUCGCCUCACGCACUGUGUUGCUUCUCACCCCUGGGCCUUUGCACAGACUGCUGCUUUUGCCAGGAAUGCUCCCCACUCCUUCUUUGCCCGGCUAACUCCCACUCAUCCUUUAAGACCUAAAGCACGUAUCACCUCCGCUGGGAAGUCCUCCCUGAUCCUUUCUUUCCAUCCUGUGCUCUGGGCUGCUCAUCCCUGACUUGGGGGGCAAGAGCAAGUGACUUGCCCAAGAUCACACAGCUGGUGUUUUGGAGCCAAGAUUUGAACCUGGGUGCACUGGGCUCCAAAUAAAGCAGGUUGUUCCAUGGUCCAGGUGAGGGGAUAGUAGCUAGGACUUGUGAAGAGGAUGGAGUGGAUUUGAGAGAGUUUGGAAAUGGAAUCCUGAAGACGUGGCUGCUGGUGUAUCUGAGCUGGGAGGGGAGGGAGGGGACGUGCUUUGGAUGAGUGUCUGUGGCAGGAGCAUCUGGGCAGAUGGCGAUGCCCCGCUCAGAGGGGAUCGCUAGGGGAGUACAUAUCCUAGGGGAAGACCAAGUCCAGCUCAGGCCUGCUGAGUCUGAGCAGCCCAUGAGUGGUCAGGGAGGUAACUGGAAGCUCCAGUGGGCCUGGAGCUCCAGGGGACAGCCUGGUCUGGGGGUUGGCUGGUAUUUAAAGUCCUAGAGUGGAUGGGCCAUCCAGGGACUGAGGCCAGUGGAAGAGAGGAGGCUUCCGCCCACCCUGAGGAGCCCAGGCUGUGCGGGGUGGGAGCUGGGAAAGAGACUGAGAAGAUGAGGAACCCAGGGCUCGCGGCACACAGAUCUUCUCAAAGGGCCCAGGGGGCCGGGAGGCCAUGAAGGACAGGACUGGAAGGCAGCCCUUCGGCUUUGACUGCAUGGAGGUCCCUGGUGGCGUGUGGCAGGCCUCACAGGCAAAAGUUCUUUUUUUGCAGAAGCUUGUGGGUCACGUGUCUGCUUCCUCCACUUAGCUCAGGGCUCCCAGAGGGCAGGGCUCUUCUCUUUGCCUACGGUUCCCCAGCACCGGUCCCCAGUUUGGCCCAGAGGAUGUAUCCAGAACGAAUGGAUGGGUGGAUGGUUGGGUGGGCGGCUCUAGGAGGUGUUUCAUUCAUUGACCCAUCCAACUUUUUUCACCUUUUAGAGCAAGAAAAACAAUGACAGCUUGCUUGCCCUACUGCAAGGAUCAGGGCUGUGAGUCUCGAGGCUCAAAGCACAGUCUUGGCUUCUGUCUGGGGCAUGAAGCCCGGUCUGCAUGUCCUCCCCAACCUCCAGCAUGUCUCCUCUGCCUGUCCGGCGUGGCCACUCAGCCCUAGCCGGCCUGGCUCCUCUGCCUCAGGCUCCUCUGCCCCAGGCACUGUCCUCAGGCUCCUCCCGCUGACCUGGGUCCUCCGAGCUUCAGGCUUCCCGGCUUAGCACACUGCCUGACACCUCCUCGCCAGCAGCACUCAAGGCCCUGCUGGCUGGCCUCACUCUCCAGCUCCCUUUGGUGUCAGUGGGUGGCUGCUCCCUGUCCCAAACCUGCCUUGUACUUUCACACCUCCGUGUCUGCUCACACUGUUGCCUCCGCCUGGAUGCCCUUCUGCCUUGUCCAUCUGUCCUAAACAGACAUCUGACCAGUCUCUCUCCUGCUUAAAAUCUCUCCCUCAACACAAGGUCUGCGUGGCUCAGCCCGGCCCCGGCCACCCUGUCACGCAGGUCCCAGGGCUGCACAGGUGCACACCCACCUAGAAGGCUUGUUGGGGGGCUCACAUGAGAUGCUCUUGAUGCACACCUGGCAAUGUGCCUGACACUCAGUAAGGGCUCAGCAGACGCUCCCCCCCGCCCCCGCCUGCCUUCCCUGCGCUGACACACGGUAGAUGUACACCAGUACCUGGGUCACUGACCAAAUCAUUAAGUUACUUAAGCCCAGCCAGAGAAGGACACAGAGAAAUGAAGCAGAGGCUGUGCGGAUUAGAGUACAUGACCCAGGGCAGACCCUUCCCCUCUGUGUGCCUGCUUCCCCAACCAGGGUUAGGGGUGGUCCCUGGCUGACCAGGGGCCUGAUAAGUGGCAGAGAGGAUGCUCUAUCCCGGCUAUGGGACCCCAUACCUCCCUGACCAGGGUGGAGUUUGGGGAAGCCUGGACUUGGCAUUGAACUGAGGAGGAGGAGAGGACAGCUCCCCCAGAACUGUCUGAGGAACAGUCGGGUACAGUGGGCAGAAUCCUGGGCCAGGGCAGGAAUGAAGCAGAGUGGCCUGUUCCAAUCCCAUUUUACAGAUGAGGAAAACUGAGGCUCAGAGAGCCGAUGCCCAACACUGCAGCGCAGCACUCCCUCCUGUUUCCCCAUCCGUGUGGCCAGGAGCAAGUGCUUCCCUCCUGGUGCCCUGCCUUCUUCCUCUGUGAAAUGGGGGUGAAGAUUUUCCCUGCUUCUUAGGGCUCUGGUGAGAAUGCUGCUGGAUACAGAGGGCUUCGUACACUGUCAGCAGUGCUAGAUAACUGUGUGGGACUGUCUUUAAAAUAAUUCUGAUUAUUUCUUUCUUUAUUCAUUCUGUCACACAACUCAUAUUGUUGAUCACCUUCUGGGCCUGGGUGCCGGGGAUGCCAAGCUGAACGAGACAGAUGUAUCCAAUUCCCAGGCCUCUCUGAGGCAGCUCCCCAGCUCCUCUUCCCCUCAGCCCUGGAGCCUCCUCACCCUGGCUUUACAGCUCAGACCCCUUCACGGUUUCCCCAGUGGACAACAGCAAGGGAGGGACAGGUCUGAGGCUGCUGGGUGGAUGGGUAGUGGGUGCUAUGCCAUCCUAAGACAGGACAUAUUCACAAUCCUACAGUCAGCAUGCUUUGUCCUUCCCCCUGAACAGCUAAGGGACUGGUGAGCUGGACUUUGGAGUCAGGCAGAUAAGAGUGGGAAUCUCAGCUCUCUGCUUACUUGCUGUGUGACCUUGACCAAGUCACUCCACCUCUCUGAACUUCAGUUUCCUUAGUAGUAAAAUGGGGAUGAUAAGAGUACCUGCCUCUUGGUGUCAGUAUGCCUGGCACAAGGUGGGUACUUAGUAAAUGGCAGCCUUCUCACUAUUUUUAUUGUGUUGAGGUCUUUCUUUGAAAGGAGAAGUUCCAGGGAUCUGGAGCAGUCAGGGAGAACUCCAGGCAGGAAGUGCUUCUGGUAUUGGGUUGUGAAGGAUGGGCAGGGUUGGAUGGGUGGAGAGAAGGGCAGCUUGGUCUCUGUGGGUGGCGGGAGCAGGAGGGCUUUUAGAGCUGCCCCAGCCACCCAGAGGAGGAUACUCUUGAGUCCCAGCCUGGCCAGGCUUGGACCCCAAGCGGGCCCCCAGGUUGGGAGUGAGAGGCAAGGACCUUUGCAUACAGGUAUUGAGUCGUCUGCAUGUGGAUUUGUUCCACCAAGGACUGGGGUUUGCAAAGCAAGUUCCCCAGAGGAACUGGCUUGAGCAAAUCUGAUUUCUAGUCUUGACUCUGGCACCCUAGCCCUACGGUCUUGGACAGGUCUCUUUCCUUCUCUCCAAGCCUCAGUUUCUUCACCUAUAAAAUGGGAUAAUACCUCCUGUGCCUACUUCUCAAGUAAAAAUCUCUCAAGUAAAGAGAUUUAUAUAAAAGAUCUUUCUUAAAGUGUUCUGAUUAGGUUGUAUCCUUAUUGAGGGCUUUUUCCUGAAAUCCUCUGCCUGCGAUUCCAGUAGGGGCUUCUCUCACUUGUAGGGCCAGGAAAAAAGGUUAAAGGCACUUCAUUUCAGCCUUGCCUAUCAUAAGAAACAGUUCCAUUUAAGCAACCAAUACCAGUAGGUAUUUAGUUAGUAAUUUCUGUAAGAGGGAGAUAAAUAAGAGAAAUUUGAUAGGGAGCAAGACUUAAUGGAAUGCCUCUGUCCAGCAUGGUCCCUAUACGUCACUUCUUGACUUACUCUAGGGUCACAGGAAGACUUGAACCCUAUGGAAGACAAAGAUAGCUUUGAAGGCCCACCCUUCAUACUGCCCUGGUUGAAAAGCCCUUUUAACUGCACAGGAACUUGCCAGAGGAUGGCCGAGCCUCGAUUUAACAACCCCUACUUCUGGCCCCCUCCUCCAACCAUGCCCAGCCAGCUGGACAACCUGGUCCUGAUUAACAAGAUCAAGGAGCAGCUGAUGGCGGAGAAGAUCCGGCCGCCUCACCUGCCGCCCACGUCGGCCUCGUCGCAGCAGCCGCUCCUCGUGCCGCCGGCGCCGGCCGACAGCAGCCAGGCCGUCAUGUCGCUGCCCAAGCUGCAGCAGGUGCCGGGGCUGCACCCGCAGGCCGUGCCGCAGCCUGACGUGGCGCUGCACGCGCGGCCGGCCACCAGCACGGUCACAGGUCUGGGGCUCUCCUCCCGGACCCCGGCUGUGAGCACGUCUGAGUCGAGUGCGGGCACGGGUACCAGCACCCCAUCCACACCCACCACCACCAGCCAGAGCCGCCUCAUCGCCUCGUCCCCCACCCUCAUCUCAGGGAUCACCAGCCCCCCCCUCCUGGACUCCAUCAAGACAAUCCAGGGCCACGGCCUGCUUGGCCCCCCCAAGUCCGAGCGCGGCCGAAAAAAGAUCAAGGCGGAGAAUCCAGGGGGGCCGCCUGUCCUUGUAGUCCCCUACCCCAUCCUGGCCUCGGGCGAGACUGCCAAGGAGGGCAAGACAUACAGGUGUAAGGUAUGCCCGCUGACCUUUUUCACCAAGUCUGAGAUGCAGAUCCACUCCAAGUCGCACACAGAGGCCAAGCCCCACAAGUGCCCGCACUGCUCCAAAUCCUUUGCCAACGCCUCCUACCUGGCCCAGCACCUGCGCAUCCACCUGGGCGUCAAGCCCUACCACUGCUCCUACUGUGAUAAGUCCUUCCGACAGCUCUCCCACCUCCAACAGCAUACCAGAAUCCACACAGGCGACAGACCCUACAAGUGCCCACAUCCUGGCUGCGAAAAGGCUUUCACUCAGCUCUCCAACCUCCAGUCUCACCAGCGCCAGCACAACAAGGACAAGCCCUACAAGUGUCCCAACUGCUACCGGGCCUACUCGGACUCCGCCUCCCUGCAGAUCCACCUCUCGGCCCAUGCCAUCAAGCAUGCCAAGGCCUACUGCUGCAGCAUGUGCGGGCGGGCCUACACCUCGGAGACCUACCUGAUGAAGCACAUGUCCAAACACACGGUGGUGGAGCACCUGGUGAGCCAUCACUCGCCCCAGAGGACGGAGUCCCCCGGCAUCCCGGUGCGAAUUUCCCUCAUCUGAGCCGACCCAAGGCGCCGCCCCACCCUGCCCACUGGCAGACACAGACCCAGGCAGCACCAGGCCCCGACUCCCUCCAGGGGCCCUCCAGGAACAGCCGAGCUCUCUCAUAACCUUCCUGACCUUCCAGAAAGCCUGGGCCGCAGAAGCCCUGCCCGGUCCAGCUCCGGGGGCGGCCAGGCCAACUGCAAGAUUCUGGACUGUUUUGGUGGCAUCCAAAGACGAUCUCAGAGCACUUUGAACCUCUCUGCUGGGUUUUCCUUUUGUUCCCCACCCUUCACUUGCUUCACUGUUCUUUUUUUUUUUUUUUUUUUUUUUUUAAGUUUGUUUUGGAAAUAACAAAAAAGAUAUUUAUUGGCCAAGAAGUUGGUGCUGCUAAGACCGAGAAAUUAAAAGAACCGGACAGAUGGACACAGAGAACCAGAGGGCAGCGUGGGACCUUAUCUUGCCACGGCCUCAGGUCUUGAGGGAAAGGCUCAAGCCUGGGCUUCUGGACUGCAAAGGGGGCCCCCAGGUGGGAGGGGCAGGAGGCAGCUGGAGUGAGCCGCUUGCCCCUGGGUGCCAGCUCGAGCCUCCAGAGCUGCGCCCUGGGCGUCACUGAGCAGAGGGAUGUGGCAGCUACCAGGGCU